CGCACCCCCUCUCCUCCUCCCCCGGCCACCAAGGCGUCGCAAAUCAUGUACCACCUACCUCGUCGUCUUCCUCGAAGCCGUCCGCGUUCACCUCGCGGAGCGUGGCCGCCGCCUCUUCAUGAUUCAUCCGGGCCAGGAGCAUGGUCGCCCCAUACCUACACAUGCUCAACCUUCUGGAGAGAGUAGCUGCGCGUCCAGGCCGAUGACCGGAUCUCCUCCCUCGCCUCUUCCACAAGCUAUACCCAGACCGUACUGGGCAUCGUCGAGCUCAGCGUCCGUGGAUCUAUUGGGCGGUGAUGGCUCCCCAGAGCGACCAAAGGCUGAAUGCGUCACCGCAUGGCAUUCGUCGCCGGAUUUGAUGGGAUCCUUUUCGACCGGCUUCUACCGUAAGUCUGGGCAAGGGGACCAUUCAGAUAUUGCCUCCGCCGCCACUGUCUCAGCUCAGUCAUUUAAAUCCACCUCUUUCGGCUCCUUGCAGACUACGGGAUCGCCGCCGACUGUCAUUCAACGGGUGACAGCUCUUGCGGCGAAUCCUCCCACAGUGCGGAGCACCGCCAAAACAGGUGGACUGUCCGCGCAGGACUUGAUGUUCUUCGAGGGGCUUUAGGUUGUCCCACUGGUGGCUGCAUCGCCACUCACAUGUGUUGCAUACGAUAUCAAUCUUACGAAUUCAGGGA